AUGGCUACUAUUUAUCCGGGAAAAGGACUUGGUAAUUUGACUCUAGGCUCAUCUCUUCAAUCAGUCCUUGCUUGUCUUAAGGCCAGUCCUACCACAUUUCCUUCUAUCAAAAUUAUAUAUUCUAAAAAAACACCUGUUAAGUCUCCAAUAACUGUUGUUCUUAAAUACAAUGGACUUAGGCUUAGGUUUGAUGGACAAACACAAAAACUACGACUUAUAGAAGUAAUCGAAUGGGGAAAAAUGAAAUUAACAUAUAAAAAACGAGAUGUUGGGAGUCAAGGUCCUCUUACUUAUAUUAAAAUUUACAACAAUAUUUUUGGACCUACUUUUCCUGGUAAAUUUUAUCAUGAGCAUCGUGUUUAUGUUCUUUCUUACCCUGGUAUUGCAUUUUCCUUUCAACUUUCUUAUGAAGCAGUGCAGCGAUUAGAUGCUUCCCAAGACAUUCCAAAGUUUUUAAUGUCUUCCAAUGCACCCCCUUGUACUUCGAUGGCCAUAUUUCAAGGCGAUUACUGGUGGGAUGUCGAAAAAACCCCUAUGGUCCUUAAUCGGCGUUUAGAAUGUGCCACUACAUCUCUAAAUGAUGAUGGUAUGGAAGUUAUUGGUGAAACUGAUGAGCAGCACUAUGAUGGUGAUAAACUGGGAGAUUGGGGACUUACAGAUUUGUAUGGAGCACCUGGUUUGGUUAUUGAGGUUCUUAAAAAUGGUGAUAUUGCUUCUUUGACAAUUUAUUAA